AAGGUCUUUGCGCGAUACUGAAACCACUCUCUUAAACAUUUAUCGGUUUGGUGCGUGCCCUGACGGUGUCCUUAUCUUUAACGUCUACAACACACUUAAGAAGCUUAAGGGAUGAGGAGAAAUCCCUUAGUCCUUAAGGCAUAACCUUGUGGUAUUCCGAUAUAGGCAGAAGACCUCCCCACGUUGUUACAUUGUUAUUCCCGAGGAUGUUGUAUCAUAUUUCGCGUUAUGACAGCGGACUGCGUACAAAAAUAACGGAGUCUGGGAGAACGAACGGCUUGUGACGCGAUAGCUUCGAUCGGUUGCUUCAAUUUCAAUUUGUUGUUCUCAUCUAGAGAGAAGUCAUGACAUACGUGGUAAAGGUCGGAUGUGACACUGAACUUCUGUAGGUGCAUAUUUCGACCGAGAGCGGGCCGUUCCCAAAACUGCAAGACCGUGACCUGCUUUCGGCACGUCAUUCCUGGUGAAACCCAGAGUUAUUGCGGAAUCACGCACUCAUAGGACGAAGGAACAAUGGUGAAAGUACGCUUCGGGCUGGUCACCUACGUUGAUGAGGACGUUACGGUGUCCGUGGUUGGGUCAGUGAAGGAGCUGGGACAAUGGAAUUUGGCGAAAGCCGUCCCCCUGCACCCUGCGGUCCCACCCGAGACCACCGAAGAGGCGUCCUUCUGGGUCGGCGACGUCGAACUCUACAAGGGAAUCGAACCCGCGAUCUUCCAGUACAAGUUCGUGAGGAGGUCCACCACUGGUGGUGGGGAGGGGGGCGACGCCUGGGAGUGGGAGGGGAGCGGUCCAGCUCACAACAGAUGGUGGAUUCCCGAGGAGGAGGAGAAGAACAUGGUCGGGAACGGGGUGUAUCUGACCCCGGUGGCGGCGUGGAAGGAGCCCGAUGGCGACCCGCACACGUUAGAACACACGGCGAGCUUCUACUACACCAUCUGUGACUCCAGGACCAUGCACUACUCGGAGGUGGUGGAGAACCUGUGGGUGGGGUCGUGCCCCCGCAUCCCCGCACACAUCACGCACGGGAUGAAGACAGCUCUGGGCGUCACGGCCGUCAUCAACCUGCAGAGGGAGGAGGACGUGUGUGCGGACUCAGCGGGGUGCUGUCCUGGAGUUCCUAGUACAGACGUCCCCGACAGUCUCUCUCAGCUGUACAAAGACCACGGCAUAUCCUACGUCUGGAUUCCCGCCAACGACUGGGAUCCUAGGAGCAAGGUUGGUGUCCUCCCUGCCGCCGUGUACAAGUUGUGGGAACUCCUGAAGACCGGCCACCACGUCUACGUCUACUGCAACGCCGGCAUCAUCCGAUCGGUUCUCAUCGUCUGCGGCUAUCUGUACUACGUCCUGGGCUGGCCCUACAGAGUCAUGGAGUACCACGUGUGUUCGCAGCGUCCUGUGGCGUACGUGGAUCAGGAUAUCAUCCUACGGGCUGAGAAGGAGUUUCAGGAUAAGUUUGGGAGCGAUGUUUUAGCGGAGCGAUGCACGGAGAGUCCUCGCUCGUACCAGCCUCAACCGCCUCCGAAGAUACCCGCCAUACAGGCACCGCAAACGGAACAGAACGUAGAGGUUGGACAGGUUGUUAAUGAUGAAGACCCCAGCGAAGAUAAGAAGGUAGAGGUUGGACAAGUUGUUGAAGGUGAAGAUUCUAGUGAAGAUCAUUUCGUGGCUAAAACUAAGAUAGUUCUCCGUAGAACGGUGGAUUUUCCAUCGGAAGAGGAGAAAGACGUAGAGCUAGAGUAAGGGUUUCAAGUCCAACGUAAUAGUGGAAUCAUUGUUACUGAAGACGUUUAUUACUUUAAAAUGAUGUAUAGUUUAAAAUGCUUUAAAAUCUCGUGUCAGUUUGUCUAUUUGGCACCUAAUGAAAGUACGUUACAAAACUAAUAUCAUAAUGGUAAUUGUCCAACAACACUGCUUGAAUCACGGUCUUGACUCAGUUGUCGUAAGCUUGCGAUCAAUUUUGAUAUUUGUCUGAUAUUGUCUGAUAAGUCUUAGUAGCACCUUUAUCUUACGUAGCCAUUAGUUUAGCGUGUUGAAAAAUAAACAAGAUUAUUUUACAGUG